AUGAAAGGACAGAAAGGAGAGCAGAACAAACUCCUAACAGGAGGAGACUCACUCAUGGCCCAUGAGACAGAGGAUCAGGAGACUCAAUACUGCUUUCCUGACAUCAACUCAUCAUGUGUCAAGGAACAACACUCCAGUCAUGGAUAUAUCAUCAUCUAUGUGUUUGUGUCAUUGCUGUCAGUAUGGACUGUGUGUCUGAACCUGCUGGUGAUCAUCUCCAUCUCUCACUUCAAGAAGCUUCACACUCCAACCAACAUGAUUAUUCUCUCUCUGGCUGUAACUGAUCUUCUUGUUGGACUCGUCAUGCCUAUAGAGGCCAUCAGACAGAUUGAGACGUGCUGGUACUUUAGAGACACUUUCUGUGGACUCUAUUUAAUAUUUAUUUUAUUACUUCUCUCAGCAUCUCUUGGUAAUUUAGUUUUAAUUGCUGUUGAUCGUUAUGUGGCUGUGUCUCAUCCUUUACUGUACCCGCAGAAAAUAACCAUCUCUAAAACAAUAAUGAGCAUCUGUCUGAACUGGGUUUGCUUUUCAACGUACUGCACUACUUUUGUAGUUAAUAAUGGACAUUUUGUCACUUCACACAGAACAGAUGUGUGUUAUGGACAGUGUUUAUUCAUGAUGAGUUUUACUUGGAUAGUCAUUGAUCUGUUUGUGGGUUUUAUGUUUCCUUGUAUGCUGAUCAUCACUUUAUAUUUGAGGAUUUUCUAUGUAGUUCAUCAGCAAGUGAAGGUUAUAAACUCUCUGAUGAAGGGUGGUAAAUGUGUAACGGAGGGUUCAGUGAGGAGGAAAUCUGAGAGUAAAGCUGCUCUGACUUUAGGAAUCAUUGUGACAGGUUAUAUGCUUAGCUGGAUUCCAUAUUGUAUCUGCUCUCUAACUGUAAACUCCUCCACAACCAUAAAUGUUUUGUUAUUGCUUGUGUAUGCUAACUCAGGUAUGAAUCCUCUGGUUUAUGCUCUAUUUUACCCCUGGUUUAAAAAGACAGCUAAACUCAUCUUAACUCUGAGAAUAUUUCAGCCGGCAUCCUCUCUGGUCAAUAUUUUACACAACAUUAAUUAUAAUAACUUGCAAAGCUGUCACUAUUAA